AUGUUGUCCAAUUUUUUAAAAUUUAGCUGUCGAAAGGUCUCCUGCGGAAAUUGCAUCAAUCUUGUCAGGGUUCGCCGCCUUGUCAAUGGAGCGCUGGAGAAAGAAGAUCUUAUUAGUGGUUGGGAUACUAUUGAUGAGGCAAUGACGGUGGCCGGAAGCGAUUCAGAUGCCUUGGCUCUGCCUUCCGCGAAGGAUGUUUAUGUCCUUGUCAUCGAGGCUUUCAGCUCCAGUAAUCGGGCGAGGAAGGACCCUCGCAAAUUGCCUGGGUCCAAACAUUCAAGCGCAAAUCUACGCAUCGUCACGACUUCUCGGCCAAAUGCCAUGAAAAGUUUCCCUGACUUUCAGACUUUUACGAUUUUCGAUGAAUCCUCGGAAGGGCCUAGCUCCGGAAGAACUCAGAAUGCGAUCAUCACGAUUCAUGCAAGUGUCAAGGUAGCCGUUGACUUAAAUGAUCCCGGAAAGCCAGAACCGGAUACCGUGAAUAAGGGGUAUAAUCAAGAUCUGGAUUCCCCGCGUCCAGCACAUAUGGACCAAUGGCUAAACAAAUACCAACCUGUUUUUGUGAUAGACGACUCUGACUCGAUGGUCGCUGAUGGCGCAUGGGGAAAGGCUAAACAAGCAGUCGUCCAAGUAACAGCUGAAGUUAUGCAAUAUGACUCUGAAGGAAUCGACCUGUAUUUCGUCAACUCUCCGUUAUACCAAAACUCAAUCACAGCACCGGAAGACGUUGUUGAGAUAUUUGGCAAAAUCAAGCCGCAAGGACUUUCCCCAAUCGGCGCUCGGCUUGAAUUUGUUUUGAACAAAGUUAUCGACCAGCUUGAACAAGCGAAACUUGAUGCAGCUGCCUACGGACAGAUCAAGCCGAUCGAUAUCGUCGUUCUCACAAAUAGCCCCCCUUCGGACAAUUCUUCUACAGUUAUUCAAGAAGCAACCCGGAAACUGAACGAAGGACUACACCAUCCCAACGCCAUCGCAAUUCAAUUUACUCAGAUCGGUAAUGAUCAACUUGCGAAGACAGCACUUAAGAAAUUGUCGGAUGAUCCCUCCUUUAACAUCAUGGAUACAGUAAACUUUGAGAACAAAUUUACUCCAGAGAAUCUGCAAAAUUCCGUCCUUAAUGCAAUGCAUCCCUCUGUGCGUGCUAAAGUCGCUAGCUCUUCUGGUUCGGAAUUCGUCCAUUACCGCGUGCACAACGACGAGGGUGCGAAUAUCUUGACAGAGGAUGGGAAAUGGCCUGGGUCCACACCCGACGAUCAUGUUAUGUUCAGGUUCCCAAAUGAACUUUCUCUUCCUACGUUCAGUGAGGGGUCGCAUUACAAGAUCUUGAAUUCGACGGGGAAAGCCUUGUCAUUAUAUUCGGGGAUUGACCCAGGCCGUGACCUCUAUUUGUAUGACCUGCCCAGCCAUCAGCUGCAUAGGGAUAGUCCUACACUCUCUUUUUCCCUCAACAUCCAAGAUGAUGGUGGCAUUGCAUUGCGCUGCAAGCAUUUAGGAAACUGGGCAGGGCCGAAUUUUUGUGCUCAUCCCACAGAAUAUAGCUAUUACUUCGUCCCAACCGAGAGCGAAGAAUGGUUCUACAUUUUUCCAGAUAAAACUUCUCGCCAGGCAUUCUAUGAAACACAAGUUCGUCUCAAUGGGUGGGACUUUCGGCUAGAAGUGAAGGAUCUCAAUGUGAACGACCCUUUGCAAAGAUGGCGUGUGGUCCCUGCAUGA